GAGGUCUGUGGCACUCAAGCUGUGGUUUCUACAGAGAAUGGAUGUCCACGGGAGUAAAUUCAAACAAAAGAGUUUAUUUUUAUUUAUUGUUUUUUAUUUUUGGAGGUUAUGACACACUAACUUGAAACUAAUCACACACAAUAAAGCUUUCAAAGUAAUGCCACAGCGGGAUGCAAAUAAAUAGAGUGGCUCCCCGUGACAGAGCUAGCUUUAAAGGUAGCAACAACGCCUAUUUUCCACCCUGAAGCAACUUGUUUUCCAACGCAGACCGUGAGGGUUUCUGUGUGGGUGGAAAUUUUCCAUAAUACAUAUUUAUACCAUAGCUGUUGUCCAUGUGGCACAUUUGCUCUCAAAACUGUUUCUAGGGACUGGAAAUGAAUGUCAUGUGAGCAAAAACCAACAGGGUAUGUAUUCUUUUAAAGCUACAGAUCACACACACACACACACACACACACAAAAAGAAAGAAAGAAAGAAAGAAAGAGAGAAAGAAAGAAAGAAAGAAAGAAAGAAAGAAAGAAAGAAAGAAAAAAAGAAAGAAAGAAAAUUGAUGCCUGUCUUCCUUCCGAGAAGAACUCAGGCUCCUGCAGCAGCAGAACUGCAAUGGCAACUUGGAGUACUGUGCUGAUCCUGCCUACAGCUACUUCUCCACACUCACAGGCUCCCUUACGAUGGAAGACAACAGAAGGAUUCAAACGCUGGCAGACACUGUGGCCACUUUGCCUCGGGGACGAAAGCAGCUUGCAUUGGCCAGAUCAAGUUCUCUAGGUGACUUUUCCUGGUCUCAAAGAAAGCUUGUUACCGUGGAAAAGCACGAUAAUGGAGCAUUUGGAUUUGAAAUUCAGACCUACAGGCUCCAGAAUCAGAAUGUCUGCUCCUCAGAAGUAUGCACUAUGAUCUGCAAAGUACAGGAAGACAGCCCCGCUCACUGCGCUGGCCUGCAAGCUGGUGACAUCCUUACAAAUAUCAAUGGUGUGUGCACAGAAGGUUUUACACACAAACAAGUGGUUGACCUGAUCCGGUCGUCAGGAAAUCUGCUAACGAUAGAGACUCUUAAUGGAACAACAAUUCACAGAAGAGCAGAACUUGAAGCAAAACUGCAGGCUUUAAAGCAAACCUUGAAGAAAAAAUGGGUGGAGUUCAGGUCUCUGCACUUACAGGAACAACGCCUGCUUCAUGGAGAUGCAGUAAACGCCCCAAAUUUGGAAAAUAUGGACCUGGAUGAGUCGUCCUUGUUUGGAAACCUGCUAGGGCCAGGGCCAGCCCUCCUGGACCGGCACCGAUUGUUCAGUGAGAACAGCUGUAAGAGUCGGCUGAGCUCCCUGACGGUGGACAGCGAGGACGGCUACGGGACAAGCGUUUCUGAGGACUCCAGCCGGGGCGCCUUCAGCCGGCAGACCAGCACGGAGGAUGAGUGCUUUCUCUCUAAGGACGGGGACGAUUUUCUGAGAAUCGCUUCUUCCAGGAGAAACCGGAGCAUCAGUGUCACCAGCACUGGGUCCUUAUCUCCCUUGUGGGAGAGCAAUUACUCAAGCAUGUUUGGGACUCUGCCCCGGAAAAGCAGACGGGGAAGUGUCCGGAAGCAAAUUUUGAAAUUCAUCCCCGGCCUUCAUCGUGCUGUGGAAGAGGAAGAGAGUCGCUUUUGACAGGCGGCAGGGACCUUUCACCUCAGUCUGUUUCGCAAUUCUCUCUCCACCCGCCUGGAUGAGCUCCACCUGGCUUAGUGGGAAAGUCCACACCGACCGCUGAAGCUCACAUUCCCAUUUCACAACACCGUUGACCUUUAAAUUCUUAUAUUGUUAUGUUUUGAAUCUUACAUCAGUUUUUUUAGUUCAAGUUCGAAGCACAAUAGGUUAGGUAAAAUAAUCAUAUGCUCGUACAUUCUAAUGCUGGCCACAAAAGCACAAAAAUAUUUAUUUUACUGGCUAUGCUCGUAAAAAGCGGAGAACUCUCAGAGUCAAGUGUGACUAUGGAAGGGCAGAACGUAAUCACUGGGUUGCCUUUCAUGGGUUAAUUUGGUAGGCUACAAAAUCCCGUGCCUGCUUAAUGCUCAGUAGCCUCUGGAGAAGCCUUCACAAGAAAGAAUUAAAGUUAGUUUGUUUUUUUCUUCAAACUUUCAAAGGAACAUGAACAAAGACGACCAUAAACAAAGAGAUAGCGAGUCCCCCCGCCACUUUUAAACAGAAUGAGUGAGAGUCUCAUUAUUUUUUGCCCAUUUCAAUUUCUCUUCUGCCUAAACAUGGAUGCCACGCCCAGAAAUCUCAGGAUCCCAUAGAUCUGUGGUUUAUUUUGCUGCAAACGUCCAAAAUUCUAAAGAUGAGAGUAGGAAAAGGUGUUCGUCUCUCAUGUUUAUUUUUUUUCCUGCUGCUCCUUAUUAUACAUUCCACAUGGGUGUCAUCUCAGCGCCCUCACUUUCCUGUUAAAGAUGCUGUUAUUGUAUUCUCACUUUUCAGUCAUUCUCUAUUUUAUUUCAACACCCAUUAAAGUCUUUGUUCUGGUAA